AACCUUGCUUACAUGUUAUUUUGAGGUUAUGUGACCGUUGACUGAAGUCUUUUUGAUGGUUUUGAUGUCAAUCGAAACGCGUGGUGCUCUGUUAUUUUCUCUUAAUCUCUUGUAAUUCGUUUUAUUUUCGUCAUAAUGGGAAAAUUCAAGUCUUUCAGAAGAAAGAAGGAAACAAAGGAAGUUAAAUCUCCAAGUGAGCGUGGACUGUGUUACAUUUCGCACAUCCCACAUGGAUUUUUUGAAGAAGAAAUAAAAUUGUACUUUUCACAAUUUGGGAAAGUCACACAUGUCUACAUACCGAAAAAUAGGGAAGGUAAAAUGAAAGGCUAUGGAUACGUGGAAUUUGAAGUUGACAAAGUUGCCCAAAUUGCUGCAGAAUCGAUGAAUAACUACUUAAUGUUUAAACGGUUACUGAAGGUCAAGUACAUCCGAAAUGGUGGGAAAAAAUGGCGAUACUUGAAGAAUAAAGAAAAUUCCAGGCCAAUAGCUCUAAGGAACAGGGAUCAAUUUGUGAAAGAGCAAAAUAAAACCAAAUCUCCCUCUGAAGAGACAAGGUUAGUAAAGAAGCAAAGGCGAAGUUUACGUAGACUUCAUGCAGACCUCAGCAAACUUGGCAUUGAUUUUGAAUUUCAGGUUGACAGCGAUGUGCCUCAGCUUGAAACUGAAUCUGCCUAAGAAUUCUGUUGAUCCUUCUGUAUUUAUCAUGUAUAUAUUAUAUUUCACUACAUCUUUUAUUGCAAUAAAAAAGCUGCUUUUUUUAUAUAA